CUCUGCUGGAUCAUCUGUUAUACAACCAAUAAAUAAUACUCCUUUUAUUCCACCAACCCCAGCAAGUGUCACAAAUCAGCGUUCUGGGUUAAACCAAGAAAUUAAUUUGAAUGAAAGAGAGAAAUUCUGGGAAGAGAUGAGAGACGAGGAAGAAUUAAGAAUGAAAGAGGAGGCAAAUAAGAGACGACAACUCCAAGCACAAUAUGCCCACGAACAACAAGAAAUGUCUGAAAAAUUGCACAAAAUUCAUUUGGAAAGAAUGGAAGCACAAAAGCAACAAAUUGGAAAAUCAGCAAGUUUUGAUUCGUCUUCAAUUAAUGCUGGAAAAAUGGGAAAAUUAAUAAGUGGACGUACUAAAAUGUUUGAACAAAAAGUGUCGGAAUUGGCACAGUCUACGAAGCCUUUAAAAAAGCCAAAGAAUUUUAAAUGGCAGGUCAAUCUACAAAAUCGUUUAAAUACCCCUCCAGUUAACAAGGUCCCAGAGCCACCACCAAAACAAUUUGAAUGUGUACUAAAAAGAAAAGAAGAAAAACAAGUCGAACAGCCAAAAUCUGUAGCAGAAAUUAAAGUAGAACUGGAAAAAUCUGAAAAACAACCAGAGGAACCUAUUAUCAAUAAAAUUCCAAUAGCACCAAUCCCACCAGUUGCUCGAAUUCCUUUAAAUCAACAAAAUGGUGACCAAACUCAAAUUAAAUUGGAGGAAAAUGGAAAGAAAAUUAAUGAGGAGUUGAAUUUAUUAAAUUUGUCUUCACAAAACGGAGAUACAACAAAUAUUUCCCCUCCACCAAGUGAACCAACAAACACAGAAAAUUAUCAACAAAUAAUAGAAGAACAAAGUAUUGAAGAAGAAAAUGUUAAAAAUGGUGAAGAAAAAAUAAAUUUAGUAAAUGAACAGCAAAAGCAACAAUUAAAAAUUAAAGCUAAAGCUCUUUGGGAUUAUCAGGCGGAGGAUAACACAGAGUUGACAUUUAAUCCUGAUGACAUCAUUUCCGAUAUACAAAUGGUGCACGAUGGUUGGUGGUACGGCCGCUCGCCGAAUGGCGCUUGUGGCCUUUUCCCUUCAAAUUAUGUGCAGCUGCUCCAAUAA